UUUCUUCACUCAAAGCUCUGUCUCAGUUCUUUCUGUCCUUUUUACACAAGAGAUAGCGCUUUUUCUUUAACUUGUGAGAAUUACAUAGAAAAGAGGGAAUUUCUUAUUGUCGCCAUGGAAAUAGCUUGGAGCUCAACAAAAUGCAAAUGGGUCACAGCAUUUCUUGUUCUGCUUGCUUGCUCUGCUGCUGGGCAAGUUGAAGAUGGUCCGUUAGUUAACGGUAAUUUCGAGACACCUCCAUCAGGCGGUUUCUCAUCUGGAGACGGAUUUUCCGACGGGCCCGCCGAAAUCCCAAGCUGGAAAUCAAACGGCACCGUUGAGCUAGUUGAAUCAGGGCAAAAACAGGGUGGAAUGAUCCUCAUAGUACCACAAGGUAGACGCGCAGUUAGGCUCGGUAACGACGCUGAGAUAAGCCAAGAGCUUAAAGUAGGAAAAGGCUCAAUUUACUCAAUCACUUUUAGUGCGGCUCGCACGUGCGCUCAGCUAGAGUCACUUAACGUGUCUGUUCCACCUGCAUCACAGACCAUUGAUCUUCAGACACUGUAUAAUGUACAGGGCUGGGAUUCUUACGCGUGGGCCUUUCAGGCUGAGGAAGAUGAUGUGCGUGUCGUAUUUACUAAUCCUGGUAUGGAGGAUGACCCAACUUGUGGGCCUAUUAUUGAUGAUAUUGCUAUCAAGAAGCUUUUUGCACCAGAUAAGUCCAAAGAUAAUGCAGUACUUAAUGGAGACUUUGAAGAAGGUCCAUUCAUGUUCAGGAAUGCUUCCCUCGGCGUUCUGCUUCCGACCAACCUUGACGAGGAAACAUCGUCGCUACCUGGUUGGAUAGUUGAAUCAAAUCGAGCUGUUCGAUACAUAGAUACAUAUCACUUCACAGUUCCAGAAGGAAAAAGAGCUAUAGAAUUGCUUUCAGGAAAAGAAGGCAUUAUAUCCCAGAUGGUUGAAACCAAGCCCAACAAGCCAUACAGAUUGACAUUUUUGUUGGGCCAUGCAGGAGACUCAUGCAAGGAACCACUAGCAAUCAUGGCCUUUGCUGGUGAUCAGGCCCAAAACAUCCAUUACACUCCCCAUUCCAAUUCUUCAUUUCAGAAUGCUAAUCUGAACUUCACGGCCAAGGCGGACAGGACACGUGUUGCGUUCUAUAGUAUCUAUUACAAUACAAGAAGUGAUGAUAUGAGCUCUCUUUGUGGACCUGUUGUGGAUGAUGUUAGGGUUCAACUAUCAGGGUCUAGCAGAGUCGAGGUUUUGGGGUUUGGGUUUAUGUUUUGGUUGGUAAUUUUAGUUUUGGUUUAAAUUGUUCUGUUCCACUCUUAACAUAUAUGGGUAUCCAAUGUAGUACUACUGCAGGGAGGUUCAGAAUCGGAUGCCCCCUGCACAUCAAAAAAAAAAAAAAUCGUUUGAUGUAUUAAAUUGCAGGUGUAUAUGCCUUCUCAUGUCAAUGUAGUAUGUCAUGGUAAUUUUGCAAUCAAAAUUUGAAAGUGGUUCUAAUUUAUUAAGGUUCUGUAA